AUGUGUCGACACGUAGCCUACCAGACAUACAUACCGGUGCUCAAUCUCGGUGAAGUGGAUUUAUGGGACAGUCCUAAGUGUGAGGCAGCUCUGAGGCCGUAUAGAUACCGGUGCGAGAGGUUGUAUAGACAGGCCGUUAAUCGUACGCUACAUAUGUAUCGCAUGGAUGUGAGCACGGAGUCCGUGAAAAGGGCGGUGUGUUGUGGGGGCUGGGAGGUCAAGCACUGUGUCCGUAGGGCGGCUGAACAGAUUGAGUACUGUGGGCACCGGGUGGCCAGUCUAUACGCUCAGUUACCCAGUGAAAAUCAUGUGAAAACAGAUGUGCUCGAUAAGUGCUCGGAGGCUAUCUUGGAAACCCAUAUGAGAUUGUAUAAUGAUUACAUAAGUCCUAUGUUCCCGCACCUUAAGCUACCGUUCCCCGAGGUGGGUGAACAACAGCCCUCCGAUAUUCACCGAAAGUUUCAGACAUUUCUGGGUAUCGCCCGAGAGUUUGGAGACCUUCUACGACCCGCUAAUAAGCAACUAUUGCCUACCAGUCCCUUCAAUACUAAGGAGAAACAUAAGGUCGAGGGAAAGGUAGCUGUGGUUACCGGCGCUGAUGAAGGUAUUGGUAGAGACACGGCUAUUCAGCUGGGUAAACUUGGGUUUAAGGUAAUUAUGGGCGUCAAUGAUGUAGAAACGAUGGAACGGGUGCUGAAAAUCAUCAAACAGUCCAACGAGUCAGCCGUGGCUAACAUCACACCCGUGGCGCUGGACAUGACAUCCCUGGCCUCUGUCCGCGAGUUCGCCGAAGUGGUCUCAAAACAAGAGCCAAAAAUUGAUUUACUCGUCAAUAGUGGCGACGAAUUCAGCGAUAAAAAGAUUGUCACGAAAGACGGCUUUGAGAGAAAUUUUGUGGAAAACUAUUUAAGUCAUUUUCUGGUCACCAGACUGUUGCUGAAUAGCCUUUCUAAGUCUAGUAGCCCUCGUGUUAUUAACGUGGCGUCCAUUGCCCACCAUUUCGGUGCCAUUAACUUGACUGACGUUAAUCACGAAAAGGGCUUUUUCUUACCCCUCACCGCUUAUAACCAAAGUAAACUGGCUCAGGUGUUGUUCACUCGCGAGUUGGCUAAACGGCUAAAGGACACCGGCGCCGAUAUUCAUGUCUACGCGGUUAACCCGGGUGUUUUGCGUAAUAGACGCAAAUUGACAGAUAUUAAUAAGUAUAUAUUUGGUGAUGUCAUGCAUAAAGUAUCGGUUAAUAGUAUCGGAGUUCAGGGAGUAAUAUACGUGGCACUGGAGGAUAAGUUUAAGAAUGAGACAGGACAUUAUUACAGAAAUCACGAAAAGGUGGAGUUUUUGACUGAGAGGGCAUCGGAUGAUGUGAUGGCUAGAAAACUGUGGGAUUUGAGCAGUGAGUACGUGAAACUGGAUGUCGACGUAAAGUUUGGGGUCAAGGAGGUUGAGAUGUCGACGCUAACUGAACCCACUACUGACACCUCCUCCAAGCCCGUGGUCGAUGAGAAGGUGCCCGAUGCUGAGAUUGAUAACAAGAGUGAUCAGGCUAAAGUUACUGAUUUGUAA